GUUUUCAAAGAUGGAGAAUACAUGGGACAUUACGUUGUUUAUGAUUUUCCUUACACUAAUAUCUAGGUGUAAAUGUUCAGAGAUAGAUCUUACUGUUGACAUUGCACCGGGGCGUCAAGAAUGUUUUUGGCAAAAUGUUCCUGAAAAAACCAACGUUGAAGUAGAUUAUCAGGUAAUAGAUGGUGGUGACCUAGAUAUUGAUGCCAUGGUAUAUGGCCCAGAUAAUAGAGUUUUUCAUGUUGAUCAAAGAAAACAAGAAAAUACUAUGAGGUUUGAGUCAAGUAUAUCAGGAGAUUAUAAAUUUUGUUUUGACAAUACAUUUAGCACUAUAUCUAACAAAGUAGUUUUCUUUGAAAUCUUUGUUGAGGAUGGUAAAGAUGAUGACGACGAUGAUGAUGAUGAUGACAAAUUGACCUUUGAAGGAGAAAAUAUACAAGACCAACUAGACAUGACUGUUGAGGAGUUCACUAACAUUCUUGACAGAUCAAAGAAACAUCUGGAUCGUUCAAUUCAGGUCCAGACGUUAAUUAAAAUUCACGAGGCCAAAGAUAGGAACACCCAGGAAGCCAACUUUUUCCGUGUCAAUUUUUUCUCACUCGUUCAGCUGACCUUGAUGAUCUUUGUGGGGCUGGUGCAGGUGCUAGUUAUCCGCAGCCUGUUUUCUUAUCAGCAGCCAGUGAGUGGUGGGACACUGAAAGCAAGGACAUAGCUGUAGCUCAUCCUAGUAAAUUAUUUUUGUGGUUAAUUCUAUAGUAGUAUCCAUACAACUUCUUUGUUGAAAUUAACCAUUUUUGCUCUCUUUGAGAGGUUUUGUCAUACUUAAUUUAUAUAAAUUUUUAUCUUUUUGUUGCCACAUUAAAAUUAUGUUUCCUCGUUUG